UCAUGGGGCCCCCGGGCAAUAGGGGAUCAUGGGGCCCCUGUGUCCUUGCCCAAACUCAAAAAAUCCUAUGAAAAAGGUACCAGGGGCAUCUCAUGGGGCUCCCUACUGACCCCGGGCCCUCGGGCAGUGCCCGAGAUUCCAAAUGGUCAGUCCGCCCCUGGUAUUUACCAAGCAUUAGAGGAUAAGGCAAGUAGUUAAUUCAAACUGCAAACAUGACAGUAUAACCAUACAGGGUAUAAUGAGAAAAGACUAAAGCAAUCAAAAAGUCUUUAAUUAGUAUGCAGAUGUGAACAGAAGGCAUUCACAUGCCUUAUUUCAUCACCUAUCCCAAGGAGAAGU